AUGCCUUGCAAACUGUCCCCUACCCACUCGCACCAAUAUGUCCCCUACCCACUCGCACCACCUUUAACUCAACCUGGUAUCUAUCUAUCUAUCUAUCUAUCUAUCUAUCUAUCUAUCUAUCUAUCUAUCUAUCUCAUCUGUUCAUAUCUAUCUAUCUAUCUACCUAUCUAUCUACCUAUCUAUCUAUAUCUGUAUAUAUCUAUCUUUAUAGUCUAUACAUAUCUAUCUAUCUUUCUAUCUAUCUAUCUAUCUAUCUAUCUAUCUAUCUAUCUAUAUAUAUAUAUAUAUAUAUAUAUAUAUAUAUAUAUAUAUGCAGUUCGUAUCUAUCUAUCUAUCUAUCUAUCUAUCUAUCUAUCUAUCUAUCUAUCUAUCUAUCUAUCUUCUUUUUUCUUUUACUCGUUUUUCUUCUUCUAUUCCAUGCGUGCAUUCUGUUCAUAUCUAUCUAUCUAUCUAUCUAUCUAUCUAUCUAUCUCUGUUCAUAUCUAUUUAUUUCAUUCUGUUCACAUCUGUCUCAGUCUGUUCGUAUCAAUGUCAGUCAGUUCAUAUCUAUCUCAGUCUGUUAAUAUCUAUCUAUCUAUCUCUAUUCAUAUCUAUCUGUCUCUGUUUAAUUACACUCUUUUUUAUAUUUUUGUUAAUGCUAACAUUCAACACUUACUUUAUUUCUAUUCCGCGCGUUAA